AACGCUCAGCUCUUAACAGUUGUGCGACGCUCAUCACACAGUCAACACUUAAUUUAUAUUUGCUCAAGAUACUUUCAGCAAAAAUGUCGAACUCGUCACUGCCCAGUUGGCUGAAAGCCGAAAUCUUUGAACCGGUUCUUAAAGACUCCUUUAAGAAUUUCAAGAAAAUAAUCAAAUUCAACGCUUCGCGAGGCACAAAACCUGGUGAUAACUACGCCACUUUAAUGCUGCGAAUUGAGCUGGAGAUCGAAUUAAAUGAUAACACCACAAAAUCCAUUUCGUACAUGUUGAAGUUGGCCCACAACUCAGAGGCAUACCAAGAGACAUUGGGUCAGAACAAGAACAACAUAUUUGACUUGGAACGCGAAAUGUUCACGAAAUAUGUGCAAGAAUUCAAGAAACUUUACAGCGACGUUGGCUUGGAUGUAGAGUUUGGAGCCAAAUGCUAUAAAUUAGACGUCCCAUACGAUCACGUUCUACUAGAGGAUCUCAAGGCAAAAGGAGUUCGACCAACCAACAGACUUUCAGGCCUCGAUGAGGAACAUUGUCUCUCUCUGCUCAAGAAACUGGCGCAAUGGCACGCGGCGUCGGCAGUUCGAGUUGCCACAAUUGGUCCUUAUCCCCAACGACUGUUGGAGGGACUUUUUGGAGAGGAUAGCAAGUUAAUGAUGAGUAAAAUGACAGAUGGCAUGGCCAAGUACAUGCAAAAUACCGCGUCAACAUUUGAAGGACAUGAGGAGUACUUCGAUGAUUUAAAAGCUAUGGAGGGGCACAUUUUUGAAAACGUGAUGGACGUGGGUGUUAUCGACCCCAAUGAGUUCAAUGCGUUAAACCAUGGCGAUUGCUGGAUCAGCAAUUUAAUGUUCCAAUAUGAUCAGACAACGAACAAAUUGUUGGACGCUUAUCUAGUCGACUAUCAAAUGUGCAAAUAUGGCAAUGUCGCAAUGGACUUGCUUUAUUUCCUGAUAUCAUCGCCCAAGCUGGAACUGAAAAUCAACAAGUUUGAUUAUUUUGUAAAGCACUAUUACGAUCAGCUGAUAAAGCAUCUCAAGUUACUCAAUUACACUGAAAAGCUGCCAACUCUUAUUGAUAUACACACACAGCUCUUGAAAUAUGGCAUUUGGGGGUAUGCGACGGCGGGCGGUGUUAUGACGGGCGCUAACCUGGAACCAACGGAAACCGCAACCUUUGAGAAUAUAUUUGACGAUACGACAGAGGGAGAUGCCUUCCGAACAUUGUUAUUUAGUGGCAAACAAUACAAAGAGCAUCUGAAGAUUGUCUUGCCCUUUCUUCACAAUCGAGGAGCUUUACAACUAAGCAAAAGAAGCAAGUAAAUUCAUAAGAAGAUAGACUAGUAAAAUAGAAAAUUGGCAUUAUAGUGUUGACUAUUAUUAAAUAAAGAUUUAAAGAAUCUGUUGAUCAGAACUAGCGUUAAAAUUAA